CAGAUUUGAGAUUUGUCGACUCCACUUAGCAUCCACAAUGGGAGAAGAGGAUGGAGAGGCGACUUUCGGGCGCUUUCUGGAUGCAAGUUGGGAAGUCUUUCGACAACAGAUGCUGGAGGUCUACUCGGUGACGCGGGUGGGCCUCGACGAGAGCAAUCUACUGCAGAAAGUCAUGGACAUGGAGUUGGAAAUCAAGAGGCUUCGCCAGUUCUCUGAGGUGGGCUCUCCGGACGGCUCGCCGCACGUCCAUUCCAGCAACCCAACGAGCUUCGCGCCAGACAGGCCGCCGCUCGUGAAGAUUGUCACCACCAACCGCGUGGAGCUGGGCCAAGAUGUGGUCGAUCUGCCUCAUUCUCGACUCUCCAAGUCCGACAAGUCGGAGGCCGGCUCGGAGAGCAUGAACAUGACCAUGGAGUCACAGCUUUCGCAAGCAGGAACUCCGUCAGGGAAGCGACAGACGCGGACCUCCAACCAGUCGGAGGCCGACGAUCAAGAGGUGUCCCGCGACGGACCACAAAUCGCGAGGAACGAUCAACAAACCAAUGCAAUCCGCCACCGGCUGCGUUUGCGGCUGGGUGCGGUCUCCUCAUUGAAAAAGUUGAUCAGUGGGAAGAACCUGCACGAUGCCAUCGAAGCCUUGGGCCUCACCUCAUACUCUGAGGAGGAAGUGAAUGACUUAGUCAAUCAACUGGCAGACUACAUUGACCUGAAGUUUAUGACCAAGGACGCAAAGGACAAGGCAGUGUUGGAUCGUAGCAACUCUGCACAAGCGACUCCCUUCUUCUGGGACAAUGAUCAGAAGAUGGGUCGGCCCAUUUGGCAUUGGCCCCGGGAGGCGGAAUUCUCCCGCUCAGUCAGUCGAGAGAUGCCAACGACUGAUCUUCCUGCGCGAAACAACUUCAACGUCGUACCUUUGCAGGCACUCAUGGACCUCUUCCUGGCACGGGACGCUGACUUACACAAAAAGAUCUUCGGCCCAGCCAACCGGAAGCAGUUCCAGGCCAUGAAGGAAAUCUUACUGGCAGGGGACACCAAUCGCCUGGUGGCGGAGCUGACCUUUGUCCGCAUCAAUGACUUGGCCGCGCCGCCCGAGCCCAUCAACCCACUCAUGUACAUCGAACCCUUCGUCGCCAUCCUGAUCUUGGUGAAUGGGAUUAUGAUUGGAUUCCAGACCGACAGGACUUGGGAAGACUGGACUGGAUGGAAGUACAUGGAAGGUGUUUUGGCCUUCUUUUUGCUCUUGGAGAGUUGUAUGCGGAUGUACCUCAGUGGAAUGCGAGAGUUCUUCCUCGGCAGUGAUUGGGCCUGGAACUGGUUUGACCUGAUCUUGAUGAUCACCGGUGUGACCGAUGUGAUCUUCCAGGCGGUGGGCGGCCUCGAGAGCGACAUGUUCGCCAGCUCGCUGCUGCGCUUCUGCCGGCUCAUCCGGUUGGUGCGGGUCGUGAAGAUUUUCCGGCUGAAGUGUAUGAAGGAGCUGAGGCUUAUGGUGAAAGGCUUGGUUGCUGGCUUGAGGACACUGGCACUGGCCUUUGCGCUGCUUUUCGCGGUGCUCUAUGUGAUCUCAGGCUUUGCCACCAUGACCAUCGGUCGUGAUGAGAGAGCGAUCGAGCUCGAGCUGGCGCAGGGCUUUGAGAACAUCUUCUGGUCCAUGUUCACCGCCUUUCGGUGCUUUUGUGGCGAGUGCAAUUCUGCGAAAGGUCUUCCAAUCCAUGCAAUCUUGGCAGAAGAGUUGGACUACGGUUUUGCCUUCGUGGCAGGCUACAUCAUUAGCUAUAUGUUGGUGACCUUAGGUAUCUUCAAUGUGAUCUUGGCUGUCUACGUGGACAUCACCAUGCGAGCGGCCAAGGAGACAGAGGCAACUACUUCCGAGCAACACGCUCGUGAAUCCAUCCGUAUCGCGCGGACCACACGCGAACUGCUGAAGAAGUUCGCCCAAGCGUAUCGAUCCUUCCAAGAGGCUGACGAAGCAGGUCAGAUUGGCGCCUCCAAAACACGGAACACCUUGGACCUGAACGAGCCCAGCUCCGCCUACACCGAUGAAGACAUCCACGAGAUCGCCAUUAGCAAAGAACUCUUCUUGUUGGUGAUCCAGGACCGCACCGUUCAGACCUUGAUGGAUGAAUUGGACCUCCCGCCGGAUCGGGCCAACCUCUUCGAGGUCAUCGAUGCAGAUGGCAGUGGCACGAUGGAUGUCACCGAGUUGGUUCAGGGCAUGCUGAAGAUCCGCGGAGAGGUCAAGAAGAGCGACACGGUGGCCACCCUGUUGGCCACCAAAGCCCUACAGGAGAUGGUCGCCGAGAUGAAGGCGAGCCUGGCGGUCUUAAACACCGAGGUGAAAUCCAUGAGCAUCGCCCAACAAGAGCGCAGCAGCAAACGCACGGCCUAAGUCCCACGACGUCAGAUCCCACGCGAUCCUGAGACGUCCACCCCAUGCGAUGCCGUCCAUGUCUCAGCUCAAAGGGACCAGUCGGGCCAGUCGGGCAUUUGGUCCGAAGUCCCUAGUGUUGAGGCAUCUUCCAAAGCCAUCACAUUCGGCAUUCUGUGCCGAUCAUGCACGGAGCGCUGUCCAAAGGGUCCGCAUUGCGCUUUGGUGUGU